AUGGAGGUUAGAGCACUCUGCAUCAGACUGUUGGUGAAUGUAUUGAUGCUGCUGGGUGCACAUGUGCAGCAAAGUUAUCCUCAGGCAGCUGAUGCAGCUUUUCGUAUCGUUCCAACCAGACUGCAGUUCUUUGAAUAUGAGUCUCUGCGUUUCAACUGUGAGGGGUUUAAUGUCUCAGCUGAAGGCAAAGUGAGGAACACGGAUGAAGUUUUUCCAAAAUGUUCCAAUGGCACAGAGACAUCAACAGUGACCUGCACCAUUGACCGUGUAUUUACAUCAGACAGUGGAGAAUACUGGUGUGAAGGUGGAGGAGGGAGAAGCAACAGUGUCAACAUCACUGUCACUGCUGGUUCAGUGAUCCUGCAGAGUCCUGUCCGUCCUGUGAUGGAGGGAGAGUCUGUCACUCUGCGCUGCAGAAACAAGACGUCAUCCACCAACUUUGCAGCUGUCUUCUAUAGAAAUGGCCGCUACACUGGGCACAGCUCUACAGGAGAGAUGACCAUCCGCAGUGUGUCCAAGUCUGAUGAAGGACUCUACAAGUGUUACAUCUCUGGAGCUGGAGGAUCACCAGAGAGCUGGAUGGCUGUCAGAGGUGGUGAUGUCAUCAUGGAGAGUCCUGCUCUUCCUUUGACUGAGGGAGAAGCUGUGACUCUGCGCUGUAGAAACAAGAAAAUUCCCUCUGACCUCAGAGCUGGUUUCUACAAAGAUGGCCUCCUCAUCAGGAACAGCUCUACAGGAGAGAUGACCAUCAGCAGUGUUUCCAAGUCUGAUGAAGGACUCUACAAGUGUCACAUCUCUGGAGCUGGAGGAUCAGUGGAAAGCUGGCUGGCUGUCAGAGCUCAACACGGGGAGGCUUGUGUUUGCUCAGACUUCAUUUAUGUUCUCCUCGUCUUAAGGACGGUGUUCACCAUAGUGAUGGUGCCUCUGCUGCUGCUGCUGGUGGGACUGCUGCACCGUGGGAAACUCAGAGUUACACAAAAAUAACUCAGGCAAACAUAGAUAAAGACGCGUACUUACAUAGUUUGUUUUGGUUUCAAGGUACUAAAAUCAUAUUAGCAA